UCAGUCCGUCUUCGUCCUAGUGCAAAUAACAAAUUUAAGUUAUUGCUAAUUUCUGUGGAAAUUGAAAUACAUAUUGAACAAUUGCGUGGCCGAUUCUGCAUUUGUUUAAGUGUGUGGACACAAGGAGGGGAAAAAGUUAAAACUUGCCAUGCCUGCAUCUUCACACAUUAAUUCUACCGAAAGGUGUUUUAAAUAUUUAAGCCAGGAUGACUGGGUUACCAGUGGAAAAAUUGGUUCGCGUGAGGCAGUAUUAGUGUUCCGCACCAAUAUAUUAAAUCCAAAGACAAGAAAGACAUUACUUUUAACACCAACCGAAGAAAGGGAGCUGAAGACUGCAGAUAGCCAAGUUACCUUGUCCACUCCAAACGAAUUAAUUGUCAAAUGCUCUUCAUCGCCAGCAAUUAGUAACACGCAACAAAAUUAUUCAAGUCGAGGAAAGUUAUAUGUGGCAGUUGAAAAAUCUUUAAAGUGUAAAGAAAUUAUUAAUUUUGAUCGUCGGAAUCCAAUAAGAAAGACACUAGAUGCAUUUUCUUCAAGUGAUGCUUCGGUUUCAAGUGAUGGAGAUGAAACUGUUCAGUACAACGAAAAGAAGUCCAGAAAACCCCAGAAGAGUAAAAACUCUUCAAUCAUCGAAAUCGAAGUUAAUUUAAAUAAGGAAAGUGGCUAUGACUCCCCAUCUGCAGCAUCUCAAUCUAACACAGAGAUCAACACGAGCGAAGAAGAUCAUGAGGGAUUUAGCGAGGAAGACAACGAAUGUGGUAUCAAUAUGCCCGCGCAUCACUUAAAAAUAACGUAUAAGUUUAUUCAGACUGAAACGAAAUUGUUAAGAAAAAUAUUCAAUGUUCAUGGCUUAACCGAAGUUCAAGGUGACUCAAACUUCAAUUUGCUGUGGACUGGUGUUCAUAUGAAACUAGACACGCUUCGUAAUUUGUCAUUAUAUCAACGCGUUAACCAUUUUCCCAGGUCUUAUGAACUAACCCGAAAGGAUCGACUUUACAAAAACAUUGAACGAAUGCAGCAUCUGCGGGGAAUGAAACAUUUUGAUAUUGUGCCGCAGUCUUUUAUUCUGCCUCUUGAGUCUCGAGAUCUAAUAUUUGCCCAUAACAAGCAACGAGGUCCUUGGAUUGUUAAACCAGCCGCUUCUAGCAGAGGACGUGGAAUUUUUAUUGUGAAAUCGCCAGACCAGAUACCACAGGAUGAACAAGUUUUAGUAUCGAAAUAUAUUGUGGACCCGCUUUGUAUUGAUGGUCAUAAGUGUGACUUGAGAGUUUAUGUGUUGGUAACAUCGUUUGACCCUCUUAUUAUUUAUCUGUAUGAGGAAGGUAUUGUCAGAUUGGCCACUGUUAGAUACGAUAGAAACGCUGACAACUUGUGGAAUCCUUGUAUGCACCUUUGUAACUAUAGCAUUAACAAGUAUCAUUCCGAUUACAUACGAUCAUCGGAUGCCCAAGACGAAGACGUGGGUCAUAAGUGGACCUUAUCAGCACUCUUAAGACAUCUCAAACUCCAGGGAUGCGACACUCAUUUAUUAAUGUUGAAUAUUGAAGAUUUAAUAAUUAAGGCGGUUCUUGCCUGUGCCCAAACAAUUAUUUCCGCGUGCAGAAUGUUCGUACCUAAUGUGAAUAACUGUUUUGAACUGUACGGUUUCGAUAUUCUCAUCGAUAAUACGCUUAAACCAUGGUUAUUAGAAGUAAAUCUUUCGCCAUCAAUGGGUGUAGACAGCCCACUAGAUACUAAAGUAAAGGCCUGUCUUGUUACGGACCUACUAACUUGUGUGGGCAUCCCGGCGUACACUCCGGAAAUGAGAACCCAUUACGAUAGUAAAUCGUCGCGACUUCGUAGCUCGAGCUGUCAAAGGCAAAUUGAUACAACAGAAUCCAGCACCACACUUCGAUCGACAAAAUCAAAAAAGAAACCUGUGAUUCCAUUAACACAAGAGGAACAACGUAUUUUGCGUAGUGCCCGCUUGCAGUAUACUAGACGUGGUGGUUUUGUUCGAAUAUUUCCAACUGAUGACACAAUGCAACGAUAUGGAAAUUUUUUGGAUCCAGCAAAUGGCAUUCCAAUAUCCACACCAAACGUCCAAGGUCAAACAUUCCAAGCAUUGGUUAACCAACACAAUUAUAAUCAAAUGUUGCAUUCAAAUCUAUUCUGCAUGGGCCAGCGAUCUUCUAAGGACGAUAAUUCUCAGGAAAACCGUAUUAAGCAGUAUGAACGAGCUUUAGAAACGGACUCAGAAAUUCCCUUCCUAAAAAAGCAAAUCGUUGAGAAAUGUGAGGAGGAAGGUAGAAGACUUCGUAAGCAGAUGCUGAAGAAAAUUGGAAGUGGAUCAACAUUGACACACUUUCAAGCGCGUCAGACCUUUAGUUUAUAUUUAGAAUCGGUUCUACGUCGAUUAACCCAAGAUCCCAAAGAUAGUCAUGAAAAAAUAAUAAUUAAGUUUUUAACUAAGUAUGGUGGAGGGGUAAAACCACCAGUUUUAUUCCGAAAUUCGCAAAACAUAAGCAAGGCUCGAUCAGCAAUGGUAGCGAAAUUGUUGGGAGAUUUUCUCGAACUUUACAAAAGAGAUACAGAAUCAUAUAUAGAUUCAUUUGACCAUUUUGGAAUGAUACCAACCAAUGCCUACAGUUUAUUUUUAAUGCACGCUCAGGAAUCAGACUUAGAGGCAGUCCUCACUCAUCAUACAAACAUUACUGGAAUCAUGCCGUUUUUAUAUAACCGAUGUGGACUGUCAGUGCCACCCACGCCCCCCAUUCCGUCCGGCUUACAUGGUUUUCUAAGAGCUCUCCCAGCAAUGGUAUCAUCUUUUGGGGUAUCAAGAGAAGUUAGCAAGUAUGAUGGGUACUUUAAAAGCUGCGAUAAAAAUUGUGAAAAUGUACAUGAUAUAUCAUUAAGGUCAAGAAGCACAAGAGAUUCCAAAUAAGAACAAUUUUCUACAACUUUUUAGCUUAAGAUAAACUAAAAUUUUUUCAAUAAUCUACUUUUGACAUCAAAAUUACUCGCAUUCAGGAUGGGCUUAUAAAUAAAGUACAACAAAAGACUAUUUCUCUACGACUAUAACUUUGAAAAUCUAA